AUGCCCGAGGACAAGGUCGAAGCCAUCGAACAUGUCGAAUCCAGCCACUAUGAUGCCAAAUUCAAUUCGGAGGCGAUUGAGGAAUUCCUGCACGCAGAAAAGGAGAUGACGACCUGGCAGGCCGUCAAGGCGCAUAGACGCCUGUUGCUCUUUGCUAUCCUGCCCUUUGUUUGUGCGAGCAACUACGGCUAUGACACUGUCUCUAAUGGCUCCAGUAUUGCCAUGCCGGCGUUUAUCAUGUCCUUUGGCGCCAUGAAUCAUGCCACAGGGUCUAUGUAUCUGCCAUCCAUCUGGACAUCUCUCUGGACAUCCAUGACCAACCUCGGCCAGGCAUUGGGCUCCCUGAUAGCCGGUUUCCUCGCCGAGCGCAUCGGUCGUCGCUGGACUGCAGUGUCACUCGCCAUCCUUUCUAUCGUGGGCACCUUCAUUCUCGUCUUCUCCUCUACCAGGGACAUGUUAUUGGUCGGCAAGACGAUGAACGGAGCCGUUGUGGGAGGAUUGAUGGCGAUUGGAACCACGUACGCCGCCGAUAUUGCCCCCAUCAAACUCCGUGGUGCGCUCCUGCAGGCUAUCGUCUUCUUCGGCGUGGCCAUGCAGGGCGUGAGUUUGGGGAUCGUGCGCGCCUUCAUUCUCGACAUGAGACCGCUUGCUUGGAAGAUUGUUUUUGGCAUCCAAUGGGCUUUCGCCGGCUUAGUCUUGAUUGCUGCUUUCCUCGUGCCCGAGUCUCCCGUCUUCUACGUGGCACACGGAAAGCAUGAUAAGGCCCGAAGCGCACUCAGGCGCUUACACGGCAGUGCCGACCAAUACCUCCACAUACGCUACCGGACAAUCGUCCAUGCGCUCGACGAGGAGAGGAAGCAGCAGUCCGAAUCCGCGUCCUGGUCCGAGCUCUUCAAGGGCUUCAAUCUCAAGCGGACUAUAACCAUUGGGUUCAUCAUGUUUAGCACAAGCGCCAUUGGCGUGCCGUUCCUUACGCAGAAUAUCUAUUUUCUCAUCACUGUUGGCCUCAACGUUACCAGCGUUUUCGACAUCGGUAUCGGCGGCUUUUUCCUCGGCUGUCUCUUUGUGAUGCUCGGCUGGCUCUCCAACGAAAGGAUCGGUCGUCGGAGACUGUGGCUCUGGGGCUUAAUCGGCAACUUUCUCUGCAUGAUUACUAUCGGUGCCCUGGGAUUCAGCACCAAGAAGGCGAGCCAGUUGGCAAUUGCGGUAAUCAUGAACGUCCUCAUCUCGUACGGUGUAUAUGCCACGGUUGGUGUAGCCUGGACCAUCUGCCCUGAGAUCUCGUCCCACCGACUUCGCCAAUACUCGCAGUCUGUUGCCUUCAUUGUUGGCGCCAUCGGCGGUUGGCUGUUUAAUUUUAUCACCCCAUACAUGUAUAACGUCGAUUCUGGCAAUCUAGGCGCGAAGACGGGCUUUGUGUAUGCCGGGUUGACGGUGGUCGUCACUGUUAUCUCUUGGUUCCUCGUUCCCGAGACGGCAGGCCUCAGUGUUGAAGACAUUGAUAGGGCAUAUGAGAUGGGAACCGCACCACGACACUUCAAGUCUUCCAAAGCGGCAGUUAGCGCAGAGAGCGGACAUUGA